AAGGAUGAUGAACGUCUGCGGUGAGACACGGUUUUCGAGGGGAAAAGUUAACUGUUUCGCAAUUCAGCGAGGGCAGAAAUUUUCAGGGAAGAACUAACUGAUGACAUAAACAGAUACAAAAUCUGCGAUUGUUCAGCAGUGAAAUGCAUCGUAGGACAGCAAAUAAAAUAGUUUGUUGACCGGGUAACGUCGAUCAUUAAAACCUCGGUAUAGUGCACAGCUGAAAGGACAACAGAAGCCUCUCUCUCUCUCACACCCCCUGUCUCUCUCUCUCUCUCUUUUCGUUUGCAUAACCAAUGUUAAAAGGAAAGUACAGUGUAUUUUAACUUAGCGUCCGGACGUUCGAAAAGUAUGAUGUGGUGUAAUUGCAAUAUCAUGGGACUUAUCUGGCAUGCACCAUACAUCUUAGUAUAUUUAGCUGGUUUUGGAGUCGCACCUGUGUCCUUACACCCGCAAUGUUUGGAUUUUAAGCCCCCAUUUAAACCCCAAGAAGGACUUCAAUUUUGCGUAAUGUACAACAGCUUCGGCUGCUGCGAUUCUGCAAAGGACCAGGAAUUGAUGGCGAAGUUCUACCGGAUCAUGGACAAUUUUGACUAUUAUGGAUAUGCGAACUGUGCUGGUUACGUGCAAGAUCUUAUAUGCCAGGAAUGUUCCCCGUAUGCAGCUCACCUCUUUGAUGCAGAAGACCCCAGCACUCCCGUGAGAUCUAUCCCGGGUCUCUGUAGGGACUACUGCACUCAGUAUUGGCUGAAGUGCAGGUCAACCAUCACCCUCCUCUCUGACGACAUGCGUCUGGUGGAGGUAGAGCAGGACCAGCACAGGUUCUGUGAGUAUCUGGAGCUAGAAGACCCAGACUACUGCUACCCCCACCUACUGACCAAUGAGCAGCUGACCAAAAACCUGGGGCGUGUGACGGCAGAUUCCGAGGGCUGUCUGCAGCUGUGUCUGGAGGAAGUGGCUAAUGGGCUGCGGAAUCCCCUGGCCAUGGUGCACGCCAACGACGGGACACACAGGUUUUUUAUCGCCGAGCAGGUGGGUGUGGUUUGGACGUACUUGCCUGAUCGCUCCAGACUGGAGAAGCCCUUUCUGAACAUCAGCAAGGCGGUGCUGACCUCUCCCUGGGAGGGGGACGAGCGAGGAUUCCUAGGGUUGACCUUUCACCCCAACUUCAAGUACAACAGCAAGCUGUACGUCUAUUAUUCGGUGGAGGUGGGUUUUGACGAGAGGAUCAGAAUCAGCGAGUUCCGCAUCUCUGCCGCAGAUAUGAAUGUUGUAGACCACAACUCUGAAAGGAUUAUUUUAGAAAUUGAUGAACCGGCAUCAAAUCACAAUGGAGGUCAGCUGCUCUUUGCUGAUGACGGAUACCUGUACAUAUUCACUGGGGAUGGUGGCAUGGCAGGGGAUCCAUUUGGGAAAUAUGGAAAUUCACAGAACAAGUCUGCCCUGUUGGGUAAGGUUCUCCGCAUAGACGUUGACAACAAUGACAGGGGGCCGGUGUAUAGGAUUCCGCGUGACAACCCCUUCGUGCAUGACCCUAGCGCCCGGCCAGAGGUGUACGCUUAUGGGGUGCGCAACAUGUGGCGGUGUUCUGUGGACAGAGGAGACCCCAUCACCAAAGAAGGCAAAGGGAGAAUCUUCUGUGGAGAUGUGGGACAAAACAAAUACGAGGAAGUAGACAUUAUAGAAAAAGGGAAGAAUUACGGUUGGAGAGCGAAAGAGGGCUUCUCUUGUUAUGAUAAAAAACUAUGUUCGAACAGUUCUUUAGAUGAUGUUCUUCCUAUAUACGCCUACCCUCACAAAAUGGGAAAAUCGGUUACAGGGGGAUACAUCUAUCGAGGCUGUGAAUACCCAAAUUUAAAUGGAAUGUACAUAUUUGGAGAUUUUAUGAGUGGACGCAUGAUGACUUUACAGGAGAACAAGAACACGAGGCAGUGGGACUACCAUGAGAUUUGUAUGGGAACAGGACUCACAUGUGCUUUUCCAGGCCUCAUCAACAAUUACUAUCAGUACAUCAUCUCCUUUGGAGAGGAUGAGGCAGGAGAGCUGUAUUUCAUGUCUACUGGAGUUCCAAGUGCAACAUCAGCUUCAGGUGUUGUGUACAAAUUUGUAGAUCCUUCACGACGUGCACCACCGGGAAAAUGUGAUUAUGACCCACUACCUGUCAAAGUUAAAAGCAACUUGAUAAAAUUCAAGCCAAAGGAAACGUUGAUUGGUGUAGAGUUACCAACAAAGCAGCCAAAACUCCAAGAUGGAGCUGCAGGGCCCCAUCCAACAGUGCCAGCAUACACCCAGACCACCACCACGGACUGGCUCCAGGAACUGAUGGAUCUUCUUAGGGAGCAAGAAGCUGCCUUAGGGAGGACCACUGCAGCCCCAACCACGACCACCACCAGUGGAACAGGGAGGUCAGGCAGGCGACGCAAAGGUCGGCGGAGAAAAGGCAAACACAAAUCGGAGGCAGCGCCCAGAAACGGAGCCUUGAGAUUAGUAGGGGAUGAGGAAGGUAGAAACGACCGUGGAAGAGUAGAGAUCUACAUCAACGGGGAGUGGGGAACAGUGUGCGACGAUCUCUGGAACACCAAGAAUGCAGCAGUGGUUUGCCAGCAGCUCGGCUUCCGGUACGCGCUGAAGGCCUCCAAGCACGCAGAAUUUGGGGAGGGGAAGCAUUUGAAGAUUCUCUUGGAUGAUGUACAGUGUGAAGGAACUGAGGGGACACUGCUGGACUGUAAGCACACAGGCAUCGGCAACCACAACUGUGCUCAUUAUGAGGACGCGGGAGUCAUAUGUGGGAACAUGGAUUAUGUAGAGAACUAGAAGACCUCAUUAUUACAGUAGCCAUUUUGCAAAGUGAAAUUUUGAUUAAGAAAAGAAACAUAAAACCUCCUCUAAUUUUUGUCAACAUUGGCAUAUAGGUCUACCUCUUUCACCAAGGUUUUAAGAUGUCAGCCUAAUUGUCUUAUUUUAAAGCAUGUUUGUAUGGACAUCAUUGUCACGUGUAAUAUUGAUCCAAAACUUACAUUUCAGGUUACCAUGCAGUAAAUUCUUCAAACUGUAAUUUGAUUGUACAUGAUCAGCGCUUUAAAAACUUUUAACUUGUUCAA